AUGUUGAAGCUCUCAUUUACCGCUUGUGUUUUGCUGGCGGGGUUGGUGUCGGCAGGUAGCAAUAGUACAGGUGAACCUCUGCCGGUGGUAUCAACAUCAACACAGUUUAUGAAUGGCUUCCAACAACGCAUCGAGUGGGGCGAAUGUUUUGAGCUUAGAGGCUUGAUACAUAAAACUCUCGGAUCCAUAGACGUCCCAUGUCCUCCCGAAGCUGGGCAUGAUAACAUUUGCACAAUAUUCGAUGAUAAAACCUGCCAAAACGAAAUAAUCACAUUCGACCGCCCACAUUACAACCUCUUCACCUUUGGCGAUAAACCCCGAGAAAAAGCCAUCGGUCGCCGAGCUACAAGUGUAAAAUGUCGAGCGCGGGUGACCAACAGAGAAGGGCAUGUUUGGAGGAGUACAUCUGCUUCAUCGAAGUUUGGACGAAGUUGUCCUGGGGACCCUUGCAGUGAUGAUAGAGAUUGUGAGAUGUCGCCGCGGAUGUUUCAGAAUUUUCAAUGUGCUCCGACGUCGAGGACGUGUAGGCAGCGGCGUGUGCUUAAUUCGCAGGUGCCGAGGGAUGUGGUGAGGAAGGACUAG